AUGAAGGCCUCCGCUGUCAUCGUCCCCGUCGCUCUCAUGGUCGCUCAGCCCGCUCAGGCCGACAUUGGCCGCGGCAUUGGUCUGGCCGCCGAGUUCUUUGGUGGCGGCAUCGCCGAGCUCUUCACCACCAUCUUUGGCAAGCGCGAUGGCUUUGUCACAACUGUUCGUCCUCGCCAGGUUGAGGGUGUCCCUGAGUUCGAGUACCAGCGCUGCCGCGACGACAUUUCUGGCCUGACUAUCACCGCCACCGCCCCCUCUGACACUGAGAUUCAGUUCUCGGGUGUCCCCGCCACCUGCAUGAAUUUGGCCAACGUCCUCGUCGGUGAUGGCACCGGGCCUUUCGCCCUCCCUUGCGGUUCUGACUGCCUCUCCUACAGCAACCUUACCCCUGAGCAGUACAACCAGCUUGCCGAUGCUCUCCGUGCUUACGCUUAA